CGUCCUUUCAUGAGACCAUUAAAAUAUAAAUUUGUGCAUUACCUCCAUCCCCCUAUGAUCAUUUUACUCCAUUUUACUCCAAGUUGCCCACGAAAAACUCAAUGAUAUGUUAGAAUCACUCAAGAACUUUGUGAGACGGCAUAAGAAAAAAUUCGUCGUACUUGGCGUCGUUACUGGAGGUGCCGUGUUGCUCUGGAAGUACGGAGAAUGGAAACUUCAGCAAUGGCAAGACAAGGAGACGGAUGAGUGCCUAGUCAUGGCACGGAGGCAGCAUCACUUUGACAGUAAUCAAAGAACGUGUAACAUGACGGUACUUUCCAUGCUACCCAAGACCAAGGAAGCCCUGAGCCUCCUGCUGGAUUCUGAUGGGAUCAUACAGAUGCUGAAAGCAAAGCCGGAGAACAAAGUGGAUUUAUGGAAUGAUCUUAAGAUAAUCAGUUUCUCCCGGACGAUAGCUUCAGUUUACAGUACAGCGAUGUUGGUUGUCUUCUUAAGAGUACAGCUCAAUAUUAUUGGCGGCUACAUGUACCUUGAUACCUUGUUGGGCAAGAACGGAAUGAGUGAGGAGAGAAUAUUAGCUACUCCUGAUGUGCAGAAGAGAUAUCUGGCAAAUGUCCAGUAUCUACUCACUGACGGAAUGUCUUGCAUGGUAUCCGCUGUCCGUGAAGCAGUAGAAAAUGUACUUGGAAGCAUGCCAUUACAGAAGACACUUGGUCUGAGAGACAUUGAGAGGUUAUUCAGCAGUGUGAGAUGUCAGGUUGAAGCAGCUAAGUUGGGAGAACAAGGUUCUGGUAUGGAGUGUACCAUUCAUCCAUUGGUGAGAUACAUGGUACCAGUGGAAGAAGAUGAGGACCAGGGUGAAGAUACAGCGUGUCAGAUUUCUUCAGAUCAACUCACAGUCAAUGGUAAACUGAUGCUUGAAACAAGAGACAUGCUGGAGAGUUCCGACUUCCACAGUGUUCUCAAUACUUGCUUGGACAUUGGCUUCAGCCGAGUGCUCGACAACAUGGCUGACUUUUUCAGACCUUCGUCUACCAUUACGGCAGAAACAGCCUCACCAACAGGCUUGAUUGAUGCUCAUCUUCCACUGGCAAAAAUCAUUCCAGUCAUCAAUGGUCAGAUCAAUGCACUGUGUGGAGACACGCCCAAUCCUUACAUACAGGAGCUCCUACUCAUGAAGUGCGUGAAAGACUUUGCAGCAAAUGUCUACGAGGCCUUCAGCCAGCUCCCGCCUGACCCUACCCAUGACCCAUGAACACCGUUACCAACCACCGGACCCAACAACGCAAGUAAAGCAUCACUCGGACUUGUUUCAUUGGAAAUUUUGUACAGCUCAAUCAAGUUUUCCUUUGUAAAGGUGACUCAGAGAUUCUCUUCAUUUGGUUGUCAAGGCUUUUAUGUUGUUUUUUUCUUGGUGAUAUUUUCCGGUUCUUUCUCUGCCAGUUACCCUGGUGUUUUGUUUGUUAUUGUGAUGUCAAUCCAAUGUAAGCCAGGCUCACUCCGCACAAACUGGUACGUCGUUCUGGGUGAGGCGCGCAUUCCUAAGAGAACAAUAGAUUUACCUGGAAGUCUGCUGCCACCUGGUGUCCCAAACAUUUUCCAAUUUAUUGGGGACAAAUUAUAAAGAGCAUAGGUAUUGGUUUUUAAGAAUUAAGAGAGCCCAAUGCUAGCAAAACUCAGAUUUUUGAUUUUGUUUUCCAUAAAAAGAAUGUUUUAUAACACUUUAGGUUUUUUUAAGUUCCCUUACAACUCUUGAUUGUUUUUUCAUCACAUAUUUACCUUCGACCUAUAGUGGGUCAAACCAAAUUAAGAAAUCAUGACAUCAUGUAAAUUUGGCUCAGAGAGUUAGGAUUUUCAAGUAAAAGAGAUACGGUAGCACCUGCCCCCCCCCCCCCUUAAAAAGGUAUAAUUAAUUCACAUUUUAGUAAUUAUUAUUUUUAUUUUUCGAUUUGUGCUUGUGUAUAUGUGUUCUUAAAAAAUAAAUUAUCAAUGCAAGAAAUUUUGAAAUGCAAGCACAACAAAAUAAUUGAAAAAGAAUCACAGUCAAAUUUUUUGUUACUUUUUAAAGUUUGCUUACAAUUGAU